CGGCUUUCUGCCUUGAUGCACGCGCUCCAAACACAACGCGGCGAAGCUGUCAUUGCUUUCCCAGUGCAGCGCAGGGCUGCAACGGUCUGGGCAUGCGCUGCUCUAGACCUCCCUAAAUCCGCAUUGUUCCCCACGAGACCUCUCAUUCUCACCUCUAUUCGCCGGGUCGAUUCUAGCCGGCGAUGGUGGCUUGGGCAGCAAUCCGGGGCACCGCUUUAGUUCUUAGUUUCCUCGCACCAACAUAUAGGGCGUUUGGUGGGCUUCAGCCAGCCUCAUUUGCUCCCUCCAUGGCUGUCGCAUGACAUUCGGGGUCCUCCUCGUACCCCGCGCCCGAACUUCCCCAUUCAAAUUUCAUCAGGAAUCAGACGCCGAGUAUCGUUUCCCCGGAUUCAGAAAGGGGAACAGAAAUCGUGCGAUUCCCGCACAGAAGAAAUGCCGGAGAUGCUUCGAUCUCAACACCAUCUGUGAAAACAACAGAACUGACCUUCAAACAACCUCCAACCGUUACUCAUAAAAGAUUGAUCGUCCCUUUCAGCUCGAACACUACCACUCAUUCGGGCGAUGGAUCCUUGUACCCAUGGAAAGGCUCCCCCAAAGCGCGGGAAGGCCUGCUAUCCCUGUACGACUGUGAGAACGAAGUGCGACGGUGUGCAGCCCUUCUGCGGGCCUUGCGUACGUGCGAAAUGGGAGGACGAUUGCGAAUACAUUAUCCACAGACAGAAGGCCAGGGUUCAGACCUUUCGGGAGCGAAUUCAGGAGCUAGAGGUAAAGAUACGAGUUUUCGAACAAGGCAAGGGUCAAGCAUCGAAGAAGAAGAUUAAAAAGUCUCGAGAAGCAACUCCGUCCACCUCAACCUCCGUGUCCUCGCAAAACUCGCGAUCAAUCUUUCCGUUUCCCUCUACCGGCUCUUCCGGCUCUUCCAUCCGAUCCACCCCUGCUCCACCCUCUUCGACCUGCUCCUCCUCCCCCCGAACCCAGGAAUCGACCGAGUUAUUUGUCCCGGAGUCUUUCGCCAAGGCCAUCCCGCUCAAUGUAGCCCGUCUCUUUUGGGAUACUUUUUUUGCGCACGCUGCCGACUUCUGCUUCUUUCUGGAUCUGGCCCUGAUAGAGUUCCGCCCUGUCGCUGAUCGCCCCGCCCACAUCAGCCCCGGACUCACAGCCACUAUCUAUCUGCUCUCAGUGCAUGUCUUGGCCCAUCCCGGUGUUGCCAAAUUGGAGUCCUUCCUGCUUGCCACUGCUUGCAAUCUGUUACUGAAGGAGCUCGCGAUACCCGGUGCCAACAUCGCUGAGAUUCUACAGGCGGAGCUGUUGCUCGCUCAAUAUUUCUUUGCUCGGGGGCGCAAUACUCAAGCUCGUUUUCACAUGUCCAUCGGCUUGGGUAUCGCGUUCGGCUGUGGGCUUCCCGAUAAAGCGUGUCCUGGCCUGGAUCCGAGACGAUCCCGGACAGCCUAUCUGUUCCUGCUAUCCCUUGAUAAUGCAUGGUCUGCAGCGCUGGGCUACACCCCCCACAAGUCGCUCUCUUCUGUCUCCCAUGGCUCCAAGAGCGAAGUGUUGAAUGAUCUGUGGAUGGUGUCUGGGUUUCCGGGGGAUGCCAUUGUGGUCACCAAGUCUGUGACUCUCUGGCAGAGCGUCGAGGAAUUACUCACCACACCCGUCCCAUCCGGCGAUCUCUUUGAGCGAUCGGAGAAUCUCGAGAAGUUGAUUCAGCUCUGGUUACUUGAGCUGGAUAACUAUGAGUCAGGAAACCGGGACGGUGGCGCCCUGAGCCGCGUGCUUCUCUUGGCGGGAACCAUUACCCACUACGCGUACAUGAAACUGCGUAGAUUGGCUUGGGUUCGGGAGACGCGGGAAGACCACUUGCGUUCCGCCUGCGCAAUCCUGUACAAAACUAUCACCGCGGUCGAAAAAGGAAGAAUCACGUACUUGAACCCACUCAUGGGGAAAAUCUGGUAUGGGGUAUAUGAGCUUCUUUCUGACGAAAUUUGUCAGAGGGGGGUUCUUGGUGAGGAUACAUCCGGGUUAAAACUAACAUUGCGUGCUGGACUUGAUGCCAUUUCAACUCUAUCAAGUACUUGUUGCUUUGCAAGGGAGUUCUCAGUAUUGGAUGUACCCUCAUGAUAUCUGAAUAGAGAGAUAUCAUCCUCUAAGAGGAUGAUAUCUCUCAGCUAUCUCUGCUGUCCAUAUCAUAAUGAAAGAUCCCCGCCGGAGUCCCGCAGGGCAAAUAAGACUACCGCCAGAGUUCCGCGGGGUCAAGUGGCACAACUGCUGGAUCUACAAUAGAAAUGCAUGGCCAAUAUCAACUUUGCGGUACCCAAUUGUGUAGACAACAAUCACCCAUAAGCCCUCAGUUGCACCCAAGUGAUGGUAAGACUCUGUUU